AUGACGAAACGCGUGCAGUCCUAUACCCAGAAAGUAGAAAUGAAGAAGAGAGAACUGGCUCUGGAGAAGAAGCGAUCGGAGGCGUUGUUGUAUCAAAUGCUUCCUCAGCAAGUGGCUGAGCAGCUGAAACUAAGGCAGCAAGUGGAGGCUGAAGUGUUUGAAUCCGUGACCAUUUACUUCAGUGACAUCGUCGGUUUUACGGAAAUAGCAGGGAAAAGUACGCCUUUACAAGUGGUUGAUCUUCUAAAUACUUUAUAUAGGAUAUGCGACGAUUGUAUAGAACGUUAUGACGUAUACAAGGUGGAGACGAUAGGGGACGCGUACAUGGUGGUGAGUGGUUUACCCAAGCGGAACGGCGUUCUCCACUGCUCGGAGAUCGCCGAUCUCUCUUUGGACAUACUAUUGGCUACCGAAGGUAUGUCCGUACCUCAUUUACCGGAGGUGAAAAUCCAAGUCCGCAUCGGUUUACACUCAGGUCCGUGUGUGGCAGGUGUUGUGGGUAACAAGAUGCCCAGGUAUUGCCUAUUCGGAGAUACCGUGAACACAGCUUCGAGAAUGGAGUCCACCGGCGAAGUGCUGGAGGAGGUAGCUGUGAUGUACACGCCGAUUGAGUAA